CAAAAAAGCUAAUUUUUCUUAGAACCAAACAGAUAAAAAAUUGGAAAAACCGAGUUUUCAAUAAAAAUCCUUUUUAGUGGAAAUCUUUUUUCCAUACUUUUCGGAGGAACCAAACAGCCCCGAAGAUUCGUACUCGGAUUGUUUGAGGAUUGAGAAGGUUGAGAAUGAGAGCUGAACUCUCUGAGAUAUUAGUCCGCUUUUGGACAAGAUUGAUGAUCCAAAGAUGGUUCAAGACAAAGAACUGCUCAAAGUUGUUAGAUUGUUGGACAAGGCUUGCAAAGAAGCUGGAUUCUUUUAUGUGAAGGGUCAUGGUAUUCCGGAAUCACUGGUCAAAGAAGUUAGAGAUAUAACGCAUGGAUUUUUCGCUCUUCCAUAUGAGGACAAAGUGAAGAUUAAGAUGACCUCAGAAAGCGGAUACAGAGGAUACCAAAGAGUUGGAGAAAAUGUCACCAAGGGGAAGCCUGACAUGCAUGAAGCCAUUGAUUGCUAUAGACCUUUGGAACCCGGCAGUUUUGGAGAUCUCGGUAAACCUUUAGAAGGGCCUAAUUUAUGGCCUGAUCAUCCAUCCAAUUUCAAGGAAACUAUGGAAGAGUAUAUUGGCCUUGUGAGAGAUCUUUCGAGAAAGAUUUUGCGCGGAAUUGCUUUAGCAUUGGGUGGGCCAGUUGAUGCACUUGAAGGCGAAAGAGCUGGGGAUUCGUUUUGGGUUAUGAGGUUAAUCGGUUAUCCGGUUUCAACUGAUAUACCAGAAGAGGAACUCACAGAUACUGGAUGGUGUACUGCAUCAAAAUUUAGUGGAGCUCAUACAGAUUAUGGUCUCCUCACAUUGGUCAAUCAAGAUGAUGAUAUUUGUGCUCUUGAGGUGAGAAAUCGAUCUGGCGAGUGGAUUUAUGCAGUGCCAAUCCCUGGUACCUUCGUUUGUAACAUCGGCGAUAUGCUAAAGGUGUGGUCAAAUGGACUAUAUGAGCCAACUCUUCAUCGGGUGGUUAACAACUCCCCGACGUAUCGUGUCUCAGUCGUGUUUUUUUACGAGCCAAACUUCGACACAGCCGUGGAACCCCUGGAGUUUUGUAAGCAAAAAACAGGCGGUAUCGUAAAGUAUGAAAAGGUGGUGUACGGGGAGCAUCUAGUUCGCAAAGUCCUUACCAACUUCGUCGUUUGAUCGAUUAGUUUGAGCCAAAUUCUUGGGAGUAUUUAAUGUACACUUAUGUAUCAGCUUCAAAUAUGUAAUGUUAACUCAAAAGUGCACUUUUUUAAGUCGCAUCGUUGACAAUAACUUCGUUUCUUUAGUCCAAUUUGCUAAUCUAGUUUCAGUUCUUUUCUUCUUUUGUUUCAA